GGAGGGAGGCGAUUUCUGACUUGACACAAAAGCAGGCAGGAGAAACCACCAGCCGGGCUUUGCUCCUCUCUUUCUCUCUCUCACUUCCAUCCAGCUCCUCCCCCGUGUGGUUGUGGCUUUUUCUUUUUUUCACCCCAUCAAAAAGCCUGAUCAGCAACAAGGGGGGGAGGGGAAAAAUAAAGAGAGAGGGAUAGAAAGAAAAAGAAAGCAGUUUUUUUUUCUCCCUCUCUUUCUCUCUCUCUCUCUGUUUCCCUCCCAUUUUUUUUUAAUUUUUUUUAAUUAUUAUUAUUAUUUUUGGGACUGCAUCCGAAGAAACUUCCCUGGAGUUGCUGCUGGGAGGUGCUCCCCUCUCCUCUCCAGCUCCCCUUUCCCCUCUCUCCUCGGCUCGGCCCGCAGCAGCGAUGGGAAAAGUUGCUGGCGGGCUCCCAGCUGCUUGGCUCGCCUGGACAUGGCUCUCCCUGCUCCUGGCUGCCCGCAGCGGCGCGGACAUAACGUGCAGGUCGUGCCGGCUGCAGCGCGGCGGCCGGCCCGGGGCGAUGCUGCCCCGGCAGCAGGCGGCGGACACACGCGGCGCGGAGCAUGUCCCCGGCCGGAGACCGCGGGGCGCCGACGCGGAGCAGCCCCAGGGCAGAGCCACCCGCUUUCGGCCCGAGGAGCUGCGGCUCAGCAGCACCACCUUCGCGCUCACCGGGGACUCGGCGCACAACCAAGCCAUGGUGCACUGGUCCGGGCACAACAGCAGCGUGAUUCUAAUUCUGACAAAGCUGUAUGACUACAACCUGGGGAGCAUCACAGAGAGCUCACUUUGGAGGUCAACAGAUUACGGGACAACAUACGAGAAGCUGAAUGAUAAGGUUGGCCUGAAGACUAUUCUGAGCUACCUGUAUGUGUGCCCAACGAACAAACGCAAGAUUAUGUUGCUGACUGACCCGGAGAUUGAGAGCAGCUUGUUGAUCAGCUCUGAUGAAGGGGCCACUUACCAGAAGUACCGGCUCAACUUUUACAUCCAGAGCCUGCUCUUCCACCCCAAGCAGGAAGACUGGGUUCUGGCCUACAGUCAAGAUCAGAAGUUACACAGUUCAGUGGAGUUUGGCAGAAGAUGGCAGCUUCUCCACGAGGGAGUUGCACCAAAUAGGUUCUACUGGUCCAUGAUGGGUUCCAGUAAAGAGCCAGACCUCGUACACCUAGAAGCCAAGACACCAGAUGGCCAUGCUCAAUACAUCACCUGCCGGGUGCAGAAUUGCACGGAAGCCACCCGGAGCAAGCCGUUCCCAGGCUACAUUGACCCCAACUCCCUGAUUGUCCAGGAUGAUUAUGUGUUUGUUCAGUUAACAUCAGGAGGACGGCCACAUUAUUAUGUGUCCUAUAGGCGAAACGCGUUUGCACAGAUGAAGCUGCCAAAAUAUUCUUUGCCCAAGGAUAUGCACGUUAUCAGCACAGACGAGAAUCAGGUGUUUGCAGCCGUUCAAGAGUGGAACCAGAACGAUACCUACAACCUGUAUAUAUCUGAUACCCGGGGGGUCUACUUUACACUGGCCUUGGAGAAUGUCAAGAGUAGCCGAGGGCUGGAGGGUAAUGUGAUGAUUGACCUCUAUGAGGUAGCAGGGAUAAAGGGAAUGUUCUUGGCUAACAAGAAGAUUGACAACCAAGUGAAAACUUUCAUCACCUACAACAAAGGGAGAGAUUGGCAUUUGCUACAGGCUCCCGACACUGAUCUGAGAGGAAACCCUAUUCACUGCCUCCUGCCCUAUUGUUCUCUACAUCUUCAUCUGAAAGUUUCGGAGAAUCCCUACACCUCUGGGAACAUCGCCAGCCGAGAUACUGCCCCUAGCAUUAUCGUGGCUUCAGGUAACAUAGGCGCUGAAUUGUCAGACAACGACAUCAGCAUGUUUGUUUCGUCCGAUGCUGGGAACACCUGGAGACAGAUCUUUGAAGAGGAGCACAGUGUUUUGUACUUGGAUCAAGGUGGAGUCUUGGUCGCUAUGAAACACACAUCUCUGCCUAUCAGACAUCUGUGGUUGAGCUUUGACGAGGGGAGAUCCUGGAGCAAGUACAGCUUCACGUCCAUCCCGCUGUUUGUCGACGGCGUGUUAGGGGAGCCUGGAGAGGAGACUCUGAUCAUGACAGUGUUUGGACAUUUCAGCCACCGUUCAGAAUGGCAGCUGGUGAAAGUGGACUACAAGUCCAUAUUUGACAGGAGGUGUGCUGAAGAGGACUACCGGCCUUGGCAGCUCCAUAGCCAGGGAGAAGCAUGCAUUAUGGGAGCAAAGAGGAUCUACAAGAAGCGCAAGUCAGAGAAGAAGUGCAUGCAGGGAAAAUACGCCAGGGCCAUGACAUCAGAACCAUGUGUCUGCACAGAAGCAGACUUUGACUGCGAUUAUGGAUACGAGCGUCACAGCAAUGGCCAGUGUUUACCAGCAUUUUGGUAUAACCCAUCCUCCUUAUCGAAAGACUGUAGCCUCGGACAGAGUUAUCUCAACAGCACCGGGUACAGGAAAGUUGUGUCUAACAACUGCACCGAUGGCGUGAGAGAACAGUAUACAGCUAAGCCACAGCAGUGUCCUGGAAAGGCCCCGCGGGGACUUCGUAUUGUCACCUCGGAUGGCAAGCUGACAGCAGAGCAAGGGCACAACGUUACCUUCAUGGUGCAACUGGAGGAGGGAGACCUCCAGAGAUCGAUCAUCCAGGUGGAUUUUGGAGACGGCAUCGCUGUGUCGUACGCCAACCUCAGUUCGACAGAGGAUGGGAUCAAGCACGUCUACCAGAACGUGGGCAUAUUCCGCGUAGCUGUGCAAGUGGACAACAGCCUGGGAUCUGACAACGCUGUCCUGUACUUACAUGUAACUUGCCCCCUGGAGCACGUCCAUUUGUCUCUCCCGUUCGUUACAACGAAGAACAAAGAGGUCAAUGCCACGGCGGUGCUGUGGCCCAGCCAGGUUGGCACGCUCACUUACGUCUGGUGGUUCGGGAACAACACUGAGCCGCUGAUCACCCUGGAGGGAAGCAUCACGUUUGCAUUCUCCGUGGAAGGGAUGAACACCAUCACGGUGCAGGUCUCGGCGGGGAGCACGAUUCUGCAGGAUACAAAGACUAUUGCAGUGUAUGAGCGAUUCCAGUCUCUCCGGUUGUCCUUCUCUCCAAACCUGGACGACUACAACCCAGAUAUUCCAGAGUGGAGACGGGAUAUCAGCAGAGUGAUCAAGAGAGCUCUGGUAGAGGCUACGGGGAUUCCAAGCAAGCACGUUCUGGUUGCAGUACUCCCUGGCUUGCCCACAUCUGCUGAGCUCUUCAUUUUACCAUAUCAAGAUACCACAGGAGAAAACAAAAAGACCGCAGAAGACCUAGAGCAGAUUUCGGAAAUAUUGAUCCACAAACUGAACCAAAACUUCGUCCAGUUUGAGUUGAAGCCAGGAGUUCGAAUCCUUGUCCAUGCUGCACACUUAACAGCAGCUCCUCUGGUGGACCUCACUCCCAGUCACAGUGGUUCGGCCAUGCUGAUGCUGCUCUCCGUGGUGUUUGUGGGCCUAGCCGUGUUUGUCAUUUACAAGUUCAAAAGGAAGAUCCCGGGCAUUAAUGUUUAUGCACAGAUGCAGAAUGAGAAAGAUCAAGAGAUGGUCAGUCCAGUCAGUCCAAGGGAAAGCAUGCCUAAUGUCCCUCAAAAUGGACUGAUGAGCCCAGAGCAACUAGUAGCUGAGAAGCUGGAUACCCAGGCCAUAGGAAGUAUUUCCAUAGCUGCUGAGACUCAAAGCACAAAAGAAAUCCCUACCUAUGUAAAUGUUUGAAUUGAGGACGCCAGUAUAAAUAUAUAUAUAUAUAAAUAUAUAUAUAUAUAUAUAAAAAAAAAAAAAAGGAAAACUCACCGCAUUUGGACUUUUUAAUUCUUCAGACAAAGGGUUUUUAGCUUUAAUCCUGUGCAUGUGGACAUUAUACUGAGACCAUAUUUGGAACUGCAUUGUACAGGUGCUCUAUUUUAACGGGGGAAGAAAUUAAAUCACAAUUCCCUUCUUGUACCCCGUUCCCUUCUCCCCUCCAAACUUCUUUCUUUUUCUGAUGUCUCUUAUUUGUAGAAGAUUCAUAAAGAUAUAUGCCAAGAAUAUGCAUGGGGUCUUUUUAGGGGUCGGGGGGGUUAAGGGUUCUUGGCUUUAGAUUCAAUUACUCUUUUAGCACUUCAGUCUGCGGGUAAAUUAGCAACCCCAGCCAACUUUCCUAAGACACACGAGAACAUACAUGGGAGUCUAAAGACACCACAGUGCUUCUGGGUUGGUUUGUUUUAAUGGCUUUGUUUGGCCUUUCACUUUUCUCAUCCUCCUUCUUUGAUCUGGAGCUGCUCGCUGCAGCUUAUAAUGAAGCUAGAUAUUGAUAUCCUAAGUGGCAAAGACAAGUUCUUUCGGAGAGGACUGUUCAGCCUACUUGCAUAGGUAGGGAGCUGCUGGGGGGCAAACACCCAGAGGCCUCUUCAGGCUGACAGCCUGAUCUUUCUCCUAGGCUUUGGCUUGACCAGGUAUGUGUCAUAGGCCAGGUGCUGUGGCUACCCUGGGAUUUUAAAAGUGUUUAGCUAAGAUGUAUUCAGGAUGUAGCAUCGCGCUAUCCCUCUUGGUCUAGACAAAGAUGAACAAGGCACUCGGAUGACUCGCCUUCCGGCUGAUCUCAGCCAUGUUUCAGUUGCUCAAAGGUCUCUGCAGGAGGUGAUCAAACUGAGGUUUGCCACCAUCCAGAGCCUCACGGUAAAAUAUCGGUGGAGAGAGCCCGGUGUGUCCCCUUGUGGGCCCAGCAUUGGCGACUAUGCCCUCUUACACCCAGACAGUCUACUGUGUUCAUGGGGUUAUGCAGGGAUAGACAAAAGCAGGACCUGACCCUAGAUAGCUUCUACCACACUGAGCCAGAGUAGUGACCUAGACUCCCACUCUACUGGCCUGACCACCCUGACCAGAUCGGUGAAUGGCCUACGAUGCAACCAGUAGAUGUCUGGCCUCUGGUUAGCCAGUAGCAAACAGCUAUUACGCUGAACAACAGGCAUAGUUCAUUCUUAUUCGUCCCAGCUGCCCUGCAUCCAGGAGGUGCAAUUGCAGUAGGACCCAGUUGGGGUAAUGAGAUCGAUGACGCUGCAGAAGCUUGGGCUGUACAAGCCCACGUGGGACUCGGAAAACUUAGUGUAGCCCAUGCCAUGCGUCUUUGCUGCUGUCAGGAUCCACACCAGCUAGACUGAAGCUAGGGCGGGUUUUGCUUACCCAUGCUGAUUGCAAUGCAGACAUGUCCUUCAUUUCCUAGCAAGGGGAUAAUUUUUGGAAGAUACCCCAACAAUCAGGGCUGCCAUCCAAGCGAGCAUGACCAGACCCUGUCUGUAUUCCUUCUACUUUCCUAGUAACAGGAUUUUGCCUGAAAGGCAUUGCACAUAGCACCACGAGGGAAAGGCAUUCAGAGGGCCCAACUAAGUUGGAAUUACAAGCUAGAGGUGGCUUGAAUUUUUUGAUGAAAAAUCAGGAUUUGGCCCUAUUUUCUAAGAAAAGGUGACGUCAAAAGGGAGAAUGUCAGUCUUCCUCUAAUCGAUGGCUCAGUGCCUCACAGAUUUCUCUGUCCUUUAUCCUAAUCUUUCUGGAGACACGUGAUAGCAAUUGUGGAAUCACGGGAUGGGAAGGAGCCUCAAGGGGCAUCUAGCCCAGCCCCCUGCACAGAUGUAGGAUGCACUAGUCCGCACCCAUCUCCUUCAAAACAUCCAAUGCUGGAGAGCCCACAAAAUAUCCUUUUAUCACAAGAGCUUGCAUGGCUUUGCUGUUGUGUUUGCAAUUACAGUUUUAAGAAAGAUGGGAAGGUUCUGGCAGUGCCUGUACAGUAUUCCCCACUGAAGUCCAAUGUUAGCCAACUUAUUUUUAUAGUGAGCCAAUUAAAAUAAAAUAAAAUAAAAUAAAAAAGUUUUCUUAUAGUAUUCGAACUACUGCUAAUUUUAAAAUGACUUUUUGAUGUACUUUUCUUUUCUUGGUUAAAGACAACGUAGCGUAAGGUAUAAUUGCUAUUGUUUAUUGCUUUUACAGUCAUAUUUAUUAAACGGAUUAUGUCUCUAAA